CGUGUAGUGGCCGGGUCAUGUAAGCCCAAGACUCCAUCAUCGUAUUUGCCCAUAUUAAUAAUUUUGGAAACCCUCGAAUGCCCAAAGUCUCUCUAUUAAAGAUCUCUGGAAACCGUUUUAGAGGAGCGAUCGGCUGUUUUCUUCUGAUAUUCGAGGUGCUUUAACUGGUCGCGAUGGAUCGGUGGCGGUUUCCUUUGUUUUUGGCUCUGCUCUGUGCAAUUGCACCGCUGAAUGUCUUGGUUUCAGCUUCCGAACCGCUGUUUUAUGAAUCUUUUGAUGAGCACUACGAGGGCAAGUGGAUCGUGUCAGAGAAGGAUGAUUAUAAAGGUGUGUGGAAACAUGAGAAGAGUAAAGGUCACGAGGACUAUGGUCUUCUUGUAAGUGAAGUUGCAAGGAAGUACGCCAUAGUUAAAGAAAUACCACAGACUGUUGAUCCUAAAGAUGGGUCACUAGUCUUACAGUAUGAAGUGCGCUUACAGAAUGGUCUUGAGUGUGGAGGUGCAUACUUGAAGUACCUUCGUCCCCAAGAAGCUGGAUGGAAGGCAAGGGAGUUUGACAAUGAGGCUCCAUACUCCAUCAUGUUUGGACCAGACAAAUGUGGAGCUACAAAUAAAGUACACUUCAUUUACAAACAUAAGAAUCCCAAGUCUGGGGAGUAUGUUGAGCACCAUCUCAAGUACCCUCCGUCUGUUCCAUCUGAUAAGUUGACCCAUGUUUAUACAGCCAUUAUCAAACCCGAUAAUGAAUUGAGGAUUUUGAUCGAUGGAGAGGAGAAGAAAAAGGCAAAUCUUCUGUCCGAUGACUUUGAGCCUGCCCUCAUCCCACCUAAAACUAUUCCCGAUCCAGAUGAUAAGAAGCCUGAAGACUGGGAUGAGAGAGCCAAGAUUCCAGAUCCUGAUGCAACCAAGCCCGAAGAUUGGGAUGAGGAGGCUCCAAUGGAAAUUGAAGAUUUGGAAGCUGAAAAGCCUGAAGGUUGGUUGGAUGAUGAACCUGAGGAAAUUGAUGAUCCUGAAUCUACAAAGCCAGAUGAUUGGGAUGAUGAAGAAGAUGGAGAGUGGGAAGCACCAAAAAUUACCAAUCCCAAGUGUGAAGAGGCCCCUGGUUGUGGUGAAUGGAAGAGGCCAAUGAAGAGCAAUCCUGCUUACAAGGGAAAAUGGUAUGCCCCUAUGAUUGAUAACCCAAAUUAUAAGGGUAUCUGGAAGCCGCAACAGAUUCCCAACCCAGAAUACUUUGAGUUGGAGAGGCCCAAUUUGGAACCAAUUGCUGCUAUAGGCAUUGAAAUCUGGACAAUGCAAGAUGGGAUUUUGUUCGACAACAUACUAAUUGCAUUUGAUGAGAAGGUCGCAGAGGAGUUCAAAGAGAAAACAUGGAAGGGGAAAUUUAGCAUCGAAAAAGAAAAACAGAAAGAGGAAGAUGCUGAAGAUACUUUACCAGGGGAACUCACUGGUUAUCAGAAGAAGGUAUUUGAGAUUUUGUACAGCGUAGCAAACCUUUCAUUCUUGUCCGCCUACAAGUUAAAGAUUCUUGAUUUACUUGAGCAAGCUGAAAAGAAACCAAAUUUGACGAUUGGCAUUUUGGUGUCCGUUUUUGUGGUUAUCUUGACAAUAUUGUUCAAGAUUCUCUUUGGUGGGAAGAAACCACAGGUGGUCAAGGCAGCAGAGAAAAAAGACGAGCCUCCACAGGAGGAGGCUUCUGCUUCUGAAGACAAAGUAGGUUCAGAGAAUGUGGCAGAGAAAGAGAAAUCUGGAAGUGGAAGUGGAAGUGAAAAUGAAAUAGGAGAGGAAGGAGCAGCUCCUCGCCAAAGGAGAUCUAGGCGUGAGACGUAAGAUGCUUGGUGUGGAGUAAUUUUUUUGACAGCACUGUUCAGUGCUUGUAGUGAACCAAUCCGAGCGCAUGUCACAGUGCUCGUAGUGAACAUGUCUGUCAUUAACUUCUGUUUUUAUAUGUAACUGAGGGACACAGUAGAAGGAGCGCUCACAUAAUCUGCAUUCAUAGAGCUUUAGUUGGAGGAGUCAGAUAACAUUUUUCCCGAGAAAUCAUUAAUUAUUGGAAUUAUAUUGAAAUUGCAGUUUUUUAUAAUUAACUGAAUUUAACGUGUAGUUCUCAGAAGCUUCA